GGGCUCCCUGGCAGGCGCGGCUGCGGCCGGAGAGGAAGCCGGAGCGGCGGAGCGAGGCAGCCGGGCGGGCGUCCGCGGGGGGCCAUGAACACCAUCAAGAACGUCCCGGCGCGCGUGCUGAGCCGCCGGGUCGGGCACAGCCUGGAGGCGGAGCGGGAGCAGUUCGACAAGAACCAGGCGAUCAGCAUUAGCAAAGCCAUCAACACCUUGGAAGUUCCCGUGAAGGAGAAGCACGCCCGGAGAAUUAUUCUAGGGACUCAUCACGAGAAAGGGGCAUUUACUUUCUGGUCGUAUGCCAUCGGCCUCCCGCUGCCCAGCAGUGCCAUCCUGAGCUGGAAAUUCUGCCAUGUUCUUCAUAAGGUUCUCCGAGAUGGUCAUCCAAACGUUCUCCAGGACUGUCAGCGGUAUCGAAGUAACAUUCGGGAGACAGGAGACCUUUGGGGCCACCUGCACGACCGUUACGGGCAGUUGGUGAAUAUUUACACCAAGCUUUUGCUGACCAAAAUCUCCUUCCACGUCAAGCAUCCUCAAUUCCCUCCUGGCCUUGAGGUCACCGACGAGGUGCUAGAAAAAGCUGCCGGAACGGAUGUUAACAACAUCUUCCAGCUCACCGUCGAGAUGUUCGACUACAUGGAUUGCGAACUGAAAUUGUCAGAAUCAGUCUUCCGGCAGCUCAACACCUCCAUGGCCAUUUCCCAGAUGUCUGCGGUUCAAUGCCGGUUGGCCCCCCUCAUCCAGGUGAUCCAGGAUUGCAGCCACCUAUAUCAUUACACCGUGAAGCUGAUGUUCAACCUCCAUUCGUGUUUGCCAGCCGAUACGUUGCAAGGACAUCGCGACAGAUUCCAUGAACAGUUUCGCAGCCUGAAGACCUUCUUCAAAAGGGCAUCGGAAAUGUUGUACUUCAAGCGGCUCAUCCAGAUUCCACGCCUGCCUGAGAACCCCCCAAAUUUCCUGAGGGCGUCUGCCCUGGCCGAGCACGUCAAGCCAGUGGUGGUCAUUCCGGAAGAAGCCCCCGAAGACGAGGAGCCGGAAAACCUGAUUGAGAUCAGCUCAGCUCCAUCUGUAGAGCAGCAGAAUGUGUCGGAUAUAUUUGAGCAGACUUUCGGGCCGCCCAACGGACUAAAAGAUGACAGGGAUCUGCAAAUCGAAAACCUGAAGAAAGAAAUCGAACUGCUUCAGACAGAGCUAGAGAAGAUUAAGCUGGAGGCUCAAAGGUACAUCUCCCAGCUGAAGGCUCAGGUGAACAGCUUGGAGGCUGAGGUGGAAGACCAGAGGAUGCAGAAGCAGAAGGCCUUGGUGGACAACGAGCAGCUGAGAGAUGAGCUGGAGAAGCUUCAGAGAGCCAAAUUUGAAGGGGACAAGAACCGCGGACUCUACUUGGAAGCAGAAAAAAAAGCCAGCACCACCGAAAUCCGGUACGCCAAGCUGAAGGAGAAGCACAACGAAUUAAUCAACACGCACGCGGAGCUUUUGAGAAAGAACGCAGACACCGCCAAGCAGCUGACCGUCACUCAGCAGAGCCAGGAAGAGGUCGCCCGGGUCAAGGAACAGUUGGCUUUCCAGAUGGAGCAAGUCAAGCGGGAGUCGGAAAUGAAGUUGGAAGACCAGAUGCUCCAGGUGGAAGCGAUCAAGAGAGAGAUGGACUCCAAAGCAGAAGAACUGAAUCAGCUCCAGCAAUCGCUCAGCCAUUCUAAGCAGGUUGGUUCGGAGCUCAACAGCCAACUGGACGCCCUUCAAGCCGAAAAGGAGACCCUGAGGAAAUCGGUCAACGAGAAGGAAUGCGAGCUCAUCUCAACCAAGGGCCUGCUUGAAGAGAAGGAACUGCUGUUGAGCCAGGAAGCCGAGAAGAGGGCCAGGGAAGUGGAGGAACUCCAGGAAAAGUUGGUGGAGAAAAAAACCCACGAACACAACUUGCAACAGAAGCUCCUGGAUGACCAGUUCCGAAUCUUACAAGGGACAAUCAGGGAGGCCGAGAACAUCAUCCAAGAUGCCGUGAGCAAGUUGGACGACCCCCUGCACAUCCGCUGCACCAGUUCUCCAGAUUAUCUUGUCAGCCGCGCCCAGGCAGCUCUGGAAUCGGUGAAUGCCCUGGAGACGGGGCAUAAGCAUUAUCUAACCAACAUGGCAGAUGCCUCUGGACUGGUUGCCGCAUUGGCUCAGUUUGCCCACCUCACGGCAGAUGCCAUCGUGAACGGCAGCGCCACCUCCCAUCUUGCCCCGACGGAUCACGCUGACAAACUGACCGAAUCUUGCAGGGACUGUGGGCAACACAGCCUGGAUUACUUGAAGAAGCUCAAAGACAAACAGUCUCUCCGAGAAGCAGAUCCAGCAGAGCUGAGGACAACUCUGCAGAGGCUAUUCCAGCUAGGACAGGAACUGAGGCCCAAAAGUUUGGACAUCCGGGAAGAAGAACUGGGCGACUUGGUUGACAAAGAGAUGGCCACCACUUCUGCGGCAGUGGAGGAUGCCGUGAGAAGAAUAGAGGAAAUGAUGAAUCAAGCCAGAGUAGAAAGUUCUGGGGUGAAACUAGAAGUUAACGAAAGAAUCCUGAAUUCCUGCACUGAUUUAAUGAAGGCUAUCCGGCAACUUGUUCUGGCCUCCACACACCUGCAGAAGGAGAUCGUGGAAGGCGGAAGGGGGGCAGCAACACCCCAGGAAUUUUACGCCAAGAACUCCUGUUGGACGGAAGGGCUGAUCUCAGCAUCCAAAGCUGUCGGAUGGGGAGCAACGCAGCUGGUGGAAUCCGCCGAUAAAGUCGUGCUGCACACCGGCAAAUACGAGGAGCUGAUCGUCUGUUCGCACGAAAUCGCGGCGAGCACAGCCCAGCUCGUAGCCGCCUCCAAGGUGAAAGCAGAGAAAAACAGCAAAAACCUCAGCAAGCUCCAGGAAUGCUCGCGUACGGUCAACGAGAUGGCGGCUAACGUCAUGGCCUCCACCAAGUCUGGUCAAGAGCAGGUAGAAGAGAAAGACACCAUGGAUUUCUCUGGGAUGUCCUUGAUCAAACUCAAGAAAGAGGAGAUGGAGACACAGGUGAAGGUUCUGGAAUUGGAAAAGACGCUGGAGAACGAGAGGUUGCGCCUUGGAGAAUUGAGGAGGCAACAUUACGCCUUGGCUGGUCUUUACACGGAGAACCCAGACGGAAAGAAACCCACGAUCGCUCGUAAGCCAGCAUCCUUGAAGAGGCCUGCCAAACCUGGUCAAAGCAAGCCAGACUCUGAGCUGGCACAGGAUGGCGUUUACCAAGCCCAAGUUGUUAACUUCUAAGCCAACCGGCAACGGGAUGGAAUUGAAGAAGCCAGGGCCAGGAAAACGGGAAGCCCAGGUUCUAAUUCUGCCCACCCUUCAAGGAAUUCAAACCUUUGGAUCUGCUGGUUUUAUUUCCGCCGGCGGUACCCCCAAAAACAUAGAAGAUUUAAGAUGUCAGCAUCCUUUCCACGGCAGGAGACAUUGAGACAUUCCAGCCCCCUUUAACGUCUGUGUUUUAAACAGAUGCCAACUGGAUUUCCCCCGUUGCCCUCCAGCAUAUGCCUCUUUUUCCCCCUCUACCAUCUUACGAGAAGGCAGAACUUGUACGGGGGGCAAGGAAAUUUAAGAGCUCGCUGAUAAAACUAUUUAUAAGCAAUAGGAAUGGGAAAUAUUUCGAGUAAAUAUCGUUGUACCUUAUUAUUCUACGAAGAUGAAAGAAAUGUGAAUUUCUGUGGCUACUGUCGGCAUCGAUGGACUAGAUCAGAGGUUCCCCCAAACUUGGAAACUUUUAAGACUUGUGGAUUUUCAACUCCCAGAAUUCUCCAGCCUGGCUGGAGAAUUCUGGGAGUUGAAAGUCCGCAAGUCUUAAAAGUUGCCCAGUUGGAAGACUUCCGAGUCUAGAUGGUCCUUUUGUUGUUAUUUUAUGCCGAGAUCGGACGCAUAUAUUAAAAUAAAAGGGGUGGGGGAGGAGGAAAUAAAAUAACUUUUAUAGAUUUUAUAAUACGCCUUUAAGGACUGAAUUUAUACAGAGGAGAAAAUAAACACCUUUCAGUGGUUUUUCCCCCACAUCCCUUCACAACCAGUGCUUCCACAACCCCCCCUCCCCCUGGGUGAAAUUAUCCCAAAUUAGGGGGGGGGGAAAUAGGGUUUUCACCCCUUUUGGGUAAACGAACAUGCAUUCCCGGUCACAAAACGGGGAGAUUUAAAUCAACCUAAAGGUUACCAAGUAUGUUUAAGAGUCCCCCCAAAAAUAUUCCUGCUGAAAUGAAAAUCAAGGAAAUGACCCAUUUGUUGACGUAACAAAGAUCGUUUCGGUUUUAUAAUGCAGGUAAAUCAUUCCGGCAACCGUUAAAAGUUACGGCACUAAAGGAAAGGACAAAUCUGGGUAAGAUUUUCGGAUAAGCAGGGGUGUUUUUUUUGCGAGGUGGAUAAUGAAGGAAAAAUGUUGGGAAGCACUGCCUUAAAACUCUUGCUUAGGAAAUCAUUGCAAAAAAAAGUUACUCCCCUUAAAUUUGAAAUUUAAGAUAUUUGGAGGGCUUUGUUGCAAAGGAGAGAGAUUGGGAUGAAGACUGUUCUUAACCGAACCUUUUAAGAUUAAGGAAAAACAUUUUCGCUUAUUAAAAUGAUUUAGAUGAAA